AUGUCAGAUAUGCAAUCUAUGCCAGAUAUGCAAGAUACGGAAAUCUCUAAUCUCAUUAACGAAGGGAGCGUAAUCACUAUGCGACCCUCUUCGUCUCCUUCGUCUUCUUCUUACUCCCUAACUUCAACGAGUUUGAACAAUAGACUGCUAACAAUCUUUAGGAAAGCGGAACAACUGUCUAUCUUGUGUGAAAUUGAUGUGUGCGUUAUAUACUACGGACCUCAAGGAGACCUAAAAACGUUUCCAAACGAGAAAGAGAAGGUGAGAAACAUGGCUAUGAGGUACAGUCGGCUAGACGAAUCAUUGAGAGGCAAAAAACGCACACAUCUUUCUGAGUUCCUUGAGGAGAAUCCGAAUCCGAACAAGAGGAUGAAGACGAGUCCGAGUCCGAAGAAGAAUGUGGAUGUAUUGAAGUAUCCAAUCGCUGAUCACUACUCUCCCGACCAAAUCUCCCAAUUGAUUCAGUCCUUGGAACUCAAUCUCUCUACGUCCCAACAAAGGCUUCGAUUUCUUCUUGAGUCGCACGACAAACACAAACUACUCGAUCAUCAUCAUCAUCAGAGUUUAGCUUCAUCAUCCUCUCAGAAUCAUCAGACCCAAUCUUUGAACCCUAAUCCUAGACAGUUCUCGCUCUUUAUGUAUAACCAUGGAGAUAAUACUCUCUCUCAGAUCCCUGUCUCUGCAUCAAAUCUCAGUCAGGAUUUCUCAGCGCUACUUCAAGAAUCUCAGUUGAAGAAUCAGUUAAUGAAGCAUGAGCUCUCUGAUUAUGAUCACAACAUAUCCAUGAGUGACAUCACCAACAACAGUUUCCAACAUCCUUGCGUCUCAAAGACAAAACAUUACUCGGGGGUACAAGAAUCUGUAAACAACUUUGGGAUGAAUCAGAAGGAGUUUUAUGGCUAUGAUCAGAACAUGUGUAGUAUGGCUAACAUCAAUAGCAGCAGCAGCUUUCAACAUCCUUGCGUCUCAAACACAAAAGCAGUACAAGAAUCUGUGAAUAACUAUGGGCUGAAUCAGUUGACGCAGAAGCAGUUUUAUGGUUGUGAUCAGAACAUGUCUAGUAUGGGUAACUCCGGGUUGAUGCAGCAUCAAGUUUAUGGUUAUGAUCAGAAUCAGUGA